AUGCCGCCGAGCACACUAAGCGCCGAGGAGACGGUCAAGGUCCACGGGUUCAAGUCACCGAGACAGUUCACAAAGUUGUCCCCAACAGUAUCACAUGCAGACCUGGGGACAGUCGGCCGGCUUCACGGCAUGGAAGCCGGAGACCGGAUGCUGAAGAAUUGGCGGGUGAUGAUCCUCAUUUUUCCCCUCGCCUUCCUCUCACUUCUUCUCUAUUCGCUCCCAUCUACGAAGACGCUCCAGACCACCCAAGAUCCAACCGUGACCAACGCCUCCGUGCCCGCUCCACUCGCCGGCCUUCAUUGCGACUGCGAAGGGGGGAGACCCACGAUCGGAGGCGAGACGGCGUCGGUCUGCAGCGGGAGGGCGACUGUCCGCGGUGGAGGCCAGCGUGUCGUGUCGUAUAGUCUUUUUGGGUCGAAGGAACCGGCCGGGAGGGCGCCGUCCGAGUACGAGGGCCUUCUCCCACGACUUUGUCUCGACGUCGAGGUUCAAUAUCCAGGCUGGGUGAUACGAUUCUACACCGACUACAAGCCGGAGAUCCCCGAGCAAAGGAAAUGGAUGUGCGAGAUCCAAUGCAACCACUCCCACGUGGACUUCUGCCUCGUGGACAGACUUCCCGUACUGGGAGAUGUCGCCAGCACGCAGGAAGAUGGGACGACCUGGAGGUUCCUGCCUGGGAUGGAUCCUCUGGUGGACGUUUUCCUUUCUAGGGACACGGACGCUCUAGUCAUCGAUCGUGAACGCGAGGCAGUUCGUGAAUGGCUGGAUUCAGACUCCAUGGUCCACGCCAUGCGAGAUCAUCCUAAUCACUGGGGGUACAUCCUUGCGGGUAAAACUGCUUGCAGCCCAGAAAUUCACCGCCGCACCUCCAAUCUGAAACCGAUAAACAUUUCAGGCAUGUGGGGAGCAAAGACGUUCAUGGACCGUUCCUUGAUGGGAAACCUGACAGCGGAGAUGCUAUGGAAGACGCAGUUGAAUCGCGGGUGGAGCUACGAUCAGGCGAUUCUCCGGAAGGUCCUCUGGCCGGCGACGAAUCGCCGAAUGCUGAUGCAUGACAGCUACUUUUGCACGAAGCCCGAAUACGAAGGUCCCAAGUACCGGCCGUUCCCGACGCGUCGCGAAAAGGGGGAUUUCGUCGCGAUCGGGCCGAGAACGGAAGGCGCGUCGGAAAAACUGGGGAAGUGUCCCGUCGAGUGCCGACCGAAGAACCACCAGGACUGGGAAUACUGUUGA